GGAGAACGUUGGAGCUCUAUGAUUCGACCCUCUUUACUAGAGACCUUUCGUUGACUAAAGAUUAGUACCAUUGACUGAAUACCAAUCUUCAGUUAACAUUAGUACCAUUGAGUAACUAAAGGUAACACUCAACGCUUUUAGUUAUUCAAUGUUAGUACCAAUGUUCAGUCAACUAUAGCAUGUAUGGUUUAAGCAACGGACCCUUUACUUUCGCCCUUCACGGCCCUUCGCUGGCUUUACUUCCAAGAGGUUCUGCUAUCUGGUGGGAAAAAACUGAACAUUAUAUUUCAUAUUGUAAAUGAUCUGAAACUGUACCGCGUGCACACCGCGUGCUCUGCACUUUCAUCGAAGUGUCGGCGUGGUCUGGUAGCGAUGGCUGAAGAUCGUGAAGAGUUUGAAGAUUCUUCAGACGAAAGUGGUGACAACGAAGAUGAUGUUCGUGCCCCGACCGAGGCUGACAUCAAGCGAAAAGUGCUUGAGUUUAAAUUGACAUUACCAUGGAUCGAAAGGUUGGACAUAGUAAAUGCACCUGCACCUUUGGCACCAGAAUUGGCGCUACAGAUGCAGGAGCACGAGGUGCGUCGAGCAAAGCAAAUGCAAGGAAACAAAAAACUACCACAAUUCACACCCUCAGAAGAUCCAGUAUUGAACGACUUCAAAAGAGAGACGAUGUUUCAUAGGCAAGCGCAAGCUGCGGUCAUGGAAGGAAUAGUGAAAUUAAAAAAACUUGGUAUAGUAACUAAAAGGCCUGAUGACUACUUCGCAGAGAUGGCUAAGACUGAUGAGCACAUGCAGAAGGUUAGAGAAAAUCUAAUGAAGAAACAGGUGGAGGCACAGCGGUCAGAGAGAAUCAGGCAGCUCAGGCAACAACGUAAGAUUGGAAAACAAAUGCAGAUUGAGUCUAAACUUAAGAAACAUGCUGAAAAGAAGAAAAUGCUUGAUGAAGUAAAAAAGUACCGUAAAGGCAUACGGAACGACCUGGAUUUCUUGGAUGACAAAAAGAAACCCAGCAGUAAAAAGGAUGGAAGCCGGCUGACAGACAAAAAAGCCCAAGCAAAAUUGAGAAUGAAAAAUUCGAAGUAUGGGUUUGGGGGAAAAAAACGCGGGAGCAAGCAAAACACAAAAUCUAGUGCCGCGGAUGUAUCAGAAUGGAAAAGACCCGGUAAACCUAAGAAAGGAAAGAGUGAUGGGGCGAAGCAACGACCAGGGAAAAAUCGGCGUGUUCAGAUGAAAUCUAGGAAAAAAUGAACUCACUAAAAUACGAACCGCAGUGAAAUCAUUUCGUUCAAUCGAAAUGCAAAGAGGAAUUAAGUGUCAAGAAUCUAACUUCAGCAUUUGUAUUUUGUACAUAAACAGUAUGCGCUUUCUUAUGUCAAAUGAAUUAGUUUAUAAGAA